AUGCUACUCCGGGUUCCUGUUCUCGCAGUAUCACUUUGGAGCGUGCUCAUCUUGAGUACAAUUUCAAGUUCUACGCCUGUUGUGCGGCCCAAAGCGGUACGCAUACGCCAGGAAUCCCCUGAACCACAGUCCACCGCCUGCGGAGAUGUCAUUGACUCAGUUAAUGAGGGCUACGCAUACUUUUACGCUGUGGAUGCCUACGACUGCCUGAUGAGCGUACCAUUCAACACAGCUGUCGCACAACGAUUCAUCAAUUAUGUGAACGAAACUUUGCAGUUCCAAAGUACACUUGCGUACCUCAAAAGUCCCCCAGUCGGGUACCAACAGCCUGCUAUUGACGUUGAGGCGCAAUUGCAGAGCAUCAAGAACAACGUUACGACGGGUCUCUACACGAAUCAGUACCAAUUUGAGAUUGAUCUGCAGCAUCUUCUCUAUUCAACGCACGAUGCACACCUUAACUUGGUUGCAGGAAUAACGGCGGCAUUCUCGUUCUUCGCACCGUUUUCGAUCACUGCUGCAUCUUCCGACGGCACAUCCCUACCGCAAGUAUACAUCACUGAAGAUGUUAUCAAAGCUCGGGACGAGGGUUGGAAACCGUCACCUAUCAAGACGAUCAACAAGCAGGAUGCAGUCGAAUACCUAACGCGCGUUGCAAGUCUCAACUCUUUUGGUGGUAUCGAAGCACAUGCAGAUUGGAACCAGCUUUUUCACAUGCCAGCAUUGGACAUUAGAGGCGAUCAGAGCAUUUGGGACGGUUACAUCAACUUCUACCCGGGCGACGAAAUCGAUAUUACAGUUGUAAACGGCACAAAUUACACGGACUAUUGGCUGGCGCUCUACAACGAGCCCUAUGCGACGGGCCCACUUACCACGGGAGGCGACUUCUACAACUACUUUGUCUUGGGCCUACUACCAGCUUCUUACGAUGACAGUGCAGAGUUUUACAACCCAGCAUAUGCAGUUGGCACUACUCCAGUAGGCAAUAGUACUACACCAGAUGUAGCAGUAAAUUCAUGGCGUGAAGUAAGCAGCGGAGCGUAUCCCGACCCCGACGUGGCUCAGGAUGGCCUCGCUGUUAUCGCAGACGGAGUCGUAUCUGGAUACUACCUACGAGAUCUGGACGCUGCAGUUCUCAGUAUACCCUCCUUUGGCCAAACCGGAUAUGCAAUCGGCAACUUUUCCGCAGCCGUAUCGUACUUCAUCAGCAACGUCACCACCGAGGGGCUUACGCGGGUAGUGAUUGACCUGCAGCAGAACACUGGAGGCACGGUCGAGCUGGCUUUUAGCACGUUCAAGAGGUUCUUUCCAAAUAGUAUGCCUUUUUCUGGAAGUCGCCGUCGCAAUCACCAACUGGGGAACACGCUUGGUGAGGCAUACACGGCUUACUUUGAGGCUUUUGAAUCAGAAGAUCCUCGUUAUAACGACUUUGUCGCUGAUGAGUGGGUCAUCUCUUCAAGGUUGGAUGCGGCGACUGGCCAGAACUUCACUAGCUGGGCAGAGUACAAAGGCCCAGUUGAAGAGAAGGGGGAUUCAUUUUCGCUUACGGAGCGCUAUAAUCUCUCGAGCUCCGUAUUUGAUGCAGCUCUGUUUGAAGGCUGGAUUCCGUGGGGAUAUACACCGGAAGACCCCAUCGAGGAUUACUCGCAACCUUUUGCUGCUGAAAACAUUGUUCUGCUCACUGAUGGCGCCUGUUCCUCGACCUGCGCACUUCUCGUGGAAAUGUUCACUGAGGUCGGUGUGAAGACAAUCGUUGCGGGCGGUCGUCCAACUACAGGACCUAUGCAAGCUGUCGGCGGCAAUCGCGGUGCCGCAAUCUACUCUGCUGAUGGACUUGAUUUUCAUCUCCUUGCUCUCAAUUCCACAGAGGCAAACGAUACCGUCCUAGCUACUGUGCCCCGUCUCAACGAGAAAGGCUACCGCGACUCUGGCGUCUUCACCACCGUUCUGGGCGUCAACCUCCGCGACCAGAUCAGGCCAAAUGACACCACCCCUCUACAAUUCAAAUAUGAAGCAGCCGAUUGCCGUAUUUUCUACACACUCGCAAACGCCUACAACAUGUCUCGCCUCUGGCGUGACGCAGUGUCCGCCUCCUUGGACAACCCCUCCCUCUGCGUUCCUGGUUCCACGGGCUUCAAGAAUGCCUCCAAGCCUGCCCCCAAACCCCUCCUCACCUCUCCCGCAGUCCCCCUCUUCAACCUUUCCGCCCCAGAUGACUUCCUCACCGCCCCAACGCUCGAUCUCAGCGGCGGAAUCGAAGACCCCGGUCACGGCGCCAAAUCCGGACGCGUGACAAUCUGCUUCGAAGAGGGAUGUGACCAAGGAUCUGAUUGCAGACAGGUUUUACUCAGCCAGUGUAAUAAGCCGGGCAAUCAGGCGGUUGUGGAGCGCUGUGUGCCCAUACGCAAGGGGCAGGAUUUCUGCCCUAUUGGCACGACAUGGAAGGCGACGCAGCAGCAUAUUAUGAGGAGGGUGGGAAGCCCGACUAAACCGGGAGCGUUUCAGAAGAACGAUGUUUCGUAUACGGGGCCUUGUGAGCCGAAUGCAGAUAAAUUUUGUUUUAAGUGA